AUGCCGACUGCGACCCACCACUGCAAGGGUGCUCCUCGUAACCACAGCAAGACGUACAAGGUUCCCCGUCGUCCCUUCGAGUCGCCUCGUCUGGACGCUGAGCUGAAGCUUGCCGGCGAGUACGGUCUGAAGAACAAGACCGAGAUCUGGCGCAUUGCUCUUACUCUGUCGAAGAUCCGUCGUGCUGCCCGUGAGCUGCUCAAGCUUGAGGAGCACGACCCGAAGCGUCUCUUCGAGGGUAACGCCAUCAUUCGCCGUCUCAUUCGCAUUGGUGUGCUGGACGAGUCGCGCAUGAAGCUCGAUUACGUGCUGGCUCUGCAGAUUGAGGACUUCUUGGAGCGCCGUCUCCAGACUCAGGUCUACAAGAGCGGUCUGGCCCGCAGCAUUCACCACGCCCGUGUCCUGAUUGCUCAGCGCCACAUCCGCGUCGGCAAGCAGAUCGUCACUUCGCCGUCGUUCAUUGUCCGUCUCGAGUCGCAGAAGCACAUUGACUUUGCCCUGAACUCGCCUUACGCUGGUGCCCGUCCUGGCCGUGUUAAGCGCAAGCGUGCUGCCGCUGCCGCUGCCGCUGAGGGCGGUGAGGAGGAGGCUGCCGACGACGAGGAGUAA